AUGCUUCAUCUGGUGAAGCCGCUCAGAAAUGCUUCCAUUGUCGCCAUCGAACAUUCAAUCAUUGGUCAUCGAGCGUUUCUCGAGCGUCUGGCUGCUCCAAAAGCCCACGCGAUCAACCCUCGCUCCUUGGAAAUCUUGCGUCAAUUUGACUUAGGCGAGAAGCAUGUGCGCCAGCUAGGCACUUCGCGAGAUGAUAGCUCCUCUGUGAAUUCUCACACCAAUCUUUGCGGAGUCGCGAUCGGCAGCCUCCCGUAUGAGCGUAUGGAUCCCGCGGUUUUGAAUGACACGCCAAAGAUGAUCCAUAAUAUACCCCAACCAGCCCUAGAGCAAGAAUUGUCUUACUUUAUUGCAAAUGAUCCCAGCACUACCUUGAUCAAGGGGUUCAGUAUCCAUGCCGUGGAGCAGAAUGAAAAUGAAGUCGUGGCGACAAUUGAGGAACGGUCGACUGGACAACUCUAUCACACAAAGUCACGUCACCUCAUAGCCUGUGAUGGUCAUAAAAGCAAGGUCCGCGAGCUGCUCGGUAUUGAAUCUGAGAGCGAAGUCUCAGACCAGACAAUGAUGACCAUUCAUUUCAAUGCCAAUCUGCGGCCCGUCGUUGGUGACCGUGUCGACGUUGAGCAGUGCCCGGUUGAGUCGUGGACAGAAGGUAUGUGCAGGGCCAAGAUCGUCAGUGCUAUUGGUAAAGAUGACAUUCCCUUUGAGAUCCUGAGUUAUAGCCCCUGGGUCUUCCGUCGACUAGUUGCUUUGACAUUCCAGGGCUGGAGAUGCUGCUCACUCAUUUCCCCCAACUGGUGGACUAGGCUUGAACUGUGGUUUGCGGACGUUCACAACUUGGCUUAUAAGAUUGCGUUGGUUCACCGGGGAGCGGCGACACCAUCUAUACUUUCGACAUACACUGCCGAACGACGCGGUGUUGCGGAUUCGUAUUCUAAACAGAGCGUUAAAAACGGCAAGGAGAUAUUUACACUACUGCAAUGUCUCAAUACCGCUGGUGUCGAAGAUGCUAUGCAAGGACGAAGGGAUAUGAUGGCAGCAUUGGCGGAUCCAGCUCAGCGUACACGGAUUGAGGCAGGUAUUGAAAGCCAGAGGGAGCAUUUUGAUAAUUUGGACCUUCAUAUUGGAUAUGUGUAUGGGGCUACCAAGCCACCUCCGCAUGCUUCCCGCUAUUCUCCGAAAUUUGUGCUUGGGGCGCGCUUGCCUCAUGGUUGGAUCAGCUUCCCAGGUCGCCUCUCGCUCGAGGCACAGGUAGCCAAACGUUCUUUGCUGCCUCAGGAGCCCGUUGAUGUGUCGUACGUCAAGGAGCUUGGUGCAGAUCAGGUUCGCGCUUGCCAGUGGUGUACUCUCGAUCUCUGUGGCCCCGACUCUUGGAGUUUGAUUCCGGGGAAGGAACAUCAAAAUCCUUCCAUUGCACUUUUGCAGAAGCAGCUCAAUGUGAUUGGUUUAAGCCUUAACACCUGGCGCCUGGGGGUGGACUUCGAAAUCGUCAGGCAAAGCUGGUUCACCGAUGAGUUGGUUAAUGGUGGAGGGAUUCUGAUUCGCCCUGACCAGCACAUCCUAGCAAGGGUCUCUACUGAGACAAAUGUAGAAGACGUAAUUGAGGAAGUGAGGAAACAUCUUGGGAUUUUGAAGUGUUAG